CAGCAACGUGUCGUGUGACGUCAUCGAGGGCGCCGGAACUGCAGUCGGCGUGCUGCCGGUGACUGCGGGGAGUUGUGAGCAGUGAAAGAUAGUAGAAGCACUUUAUACCGAGUGAGUCCGCCUUGAAAAAUAUCACAUCAUCCAGAGUCAGAAGCCAGGAAGAGGCAGCUACCAUUCACUGUAAUACCAAAAUGAAUGUGAAAGAGGAGCCGUGCGAGACUGACAUUAAUACCAUGGAGAUAGCAACUGUAAAUACUAAAGAGGAGGACUGUGAAUGGGAGCCUAAACAGGGCAGCCUCUGCAUUAAAGAUGAAGAUUGUGAAGUGGCAACUUCAGGCAUUAAAGAAGAGGCUAUUGAGAUGCCCAAGUAUAAAAUUAUGGAGCAUGGUGAGGAAGAUCGCCUUCAUUCAGAGUUGACCCUUCAUCAUGAGUGUCAAGAUGAAGCCGUGACUGGGUUAAUGAUUCCAUCUAUCAAACAGAGUCCUGAAUCAUUACAUUCUGACACUAUAAGGGUGAAAGAGGAAUUUUCAUCUAGUAAAACUCUGGACACUCAACCAUCACCUUCAAAACAGUCUGGAGAAAGAGACAAACGUCAUUGCUGUCCUGAAUGUGGCAUGCGAUUUUAUAGUUUAAGAAAUUUUCAGUGUCACACGAGAAUUCACACUGGAGAGAAGCCAUUUUGCUGUUUGGACUGUGGUAAACAGUUCUCAAAGAUGGUCACCCUCGAGACCCACAUAAGAAUUCACAGUGAAAAAAAAACAUAUUCUUCUUCAGAUUGUGAAAAGCAAUUCUCAGAUAGGAGCCAUUUUCAGAGGCACAGCAAAAAUCACACUGGAGAGAAAUUAAUUCCAAAGGAGAAACAUUUCUGCUGUUCGGAAUGUGACAAACUAUUUUCACAACUAAGACACCUUCAGAUUCACACACGAAUUCAUACUGGGGAGAAACCAUUUAAGUGUAAUGAAUGUGGAAAGCAAUUUACACAAAUGAGCGGUCUUCAAGCCCACAAGCAAAGUCACAGUGAAGAAAAGCCAUACGGCUGUAAUGAAUGUGGUAAGCAGUUCCCUUACAAGAGCAGUCUUCGGACCCACUUAAAAAUUCAUUUGGGUGAGAAACCUCAUUGCUGUUCUACUUGUGGUAAACGGUUCUCCCAAAUGCACACUCUUCAGACCCACAUAAGACUUCAUACUGGAGAAAAGCCAUAUUCCUGCUCUGAGUGCGGGAAAAGAUUCUCUGACAGCAGCUGUUUUCGGAGACACAAAAGAAUUCACAUGAGAGUGAAAUGUUACUGUUGUUCGGAAUGUAGCAAACAAUUCUCUGACAGACGUAGUCUUCAAAGACACUCUAGAAUUCACAAUGGAGAAAAGCUACAUGGUUGUGCAGAGUGUGGAAAACAAUUUGUGCAAUUAAAAAGUCUACAGAUGCACACAAGAACUCACACGGGCGAAAAGCCAUAUUGCUGUUUGGAAUGUGGCAAACUAUUUUCACAACUAAGACACCUUCAGAUUCACACACGAAUUCAUACUGGGGAGAAACCAUUUAAGUGUAAUGAAUGUGGAAAGCAAUUUACACAAAUGAGCGGUCUUCAAGCCCACAAGCAAAGUCACAGUGAAGAAAAGCCAUACGGCUGUAAUGAAUGUGGUAAGCAGUUCCCUUACAAGAGCAGUCUUCGGACCCACUUAAAAAUUCAUUUGGGUGAGAAACCUCAUUGCUGUUCUACUUGUGGAAAACGGUUCUCCCAAAUAUACACUCUUCAGACCCACACAAGACUUCACACUGGAGAAAAGCCAUAUUCCUGCUCUGAGUGUGGGAAAAGAUUCUCUGACAGCAGCUGUUUUCGGAGACACAAAAGAAUUCACACGGGAGUGAAAUGUUACUGCUGUUCGGAAUGUAGCAAACAAUUUCCUGACAGAAGUAGUCUUCAAAGACACUCUAGAAUUCACAAUGGAGAAACACUACAUAGUUGUCAGCAGUGUGGAAAACAGUUUGUACAAUUAAGGAGUCUAGAGAAUCACACAAGAACACACAUGGGAGAAAGGCCAUAUUGCUGUUCAGAAUGUGGCAAACUAUUUUCAAAACUAAGCCACCUUCAGGUUCACACAAGAAUUCAUACUGGGGAGAAACCAUUUAGCUGUAAUGAAUGUGGCAAGCAAUUUUCACAAAUGAGUGGUCUUCAGAUCCACAAGCAAAGUCACAGUGAAGAAAAGCCAUACGGCUGUAAUGAAUGUGGUAAGCAGUUCCCAUACAAGAGCAGUCUUCAGACCCACUUAAAAAUUCAUUUGAGUGAGAAACCUCAUUGCUGUUCUACUUGUGGUAAGCAAUUCUCCCAAAUGCACUCUCUUCAGACCCACAUAAGAGUUCAUACUGGAGAAAAGCCAUAUUCCUGCUCUGAGUGUGGGAAAAGAUUCGCUGACAGCAGCUCUUUUCGGAAACACAAAAGAAUUCACACGGGAGAGAAAUGUUACUGCUGUUCGGAAUGUGGCAAGCAGUUUACACAAAGGGUCACUCUUAAGACCCACAUAAGAAUUCACACUGGCGAGAAGCCAUAUUCUUGUUCUGAAUGUGGGAAACAAUUCUCUGACAGCAGUCAUCUUCGGAGACACAAAAGAAUUCACCAUUAAGAGAAGCCCCGAAGGAGUAGGUUAGAAGGAGAAAAAGGGAGGAAGGAGUCCAAAGUAACUCUCCUAAUUCCAGGUCUAGAUACAGUAUUAGUACCUCUACAGGAUAAGCUUCAUUGUGUGAGAUCACUACCAAAUCUUAUAAUAUGAGUCUGUUUGCACCGUGUGAAAAGGGACCAUCAUAUUAGCUAGCUGCAGGAUAGAAAGAUGUCCACACUCUGCCUCUACACUAUAGUAGGUUAUGGUGUUUGUAAUGGUGUACAAUCUUCAGGUGUAGACAUCUAAUUUGAUGUCAGUCUGGAUGGGUAGUUUUCUAGUCCAGAAAUAAUCAAAUAAAAAGAAAAUAAGUCAAGAAAAAUUAUAGCUGUCUUUUUUUUUUUGUUUGGUGGCAAAUACAUGAUAAACAUGCAAGACCCAGUAGAUGUGAGAAUAGAAAGGGACAAGACCUGGGAGGAUGAGAUAAAAGAGACAUCGAAUGGUGCUGUAUUAAUGAAGCCAUCAGCAAUCUACAAUCAAGGUGAUUAUCACUGAGAAGUGGAAUAACCUCAAA